GGUUCGUUUAGUGCGUCCAGCUGAGUCACAGACUCACGGGCCAUUGCAUCCCGGACCUGGGCUUUCCGCCAUGGAGCCUAGGGACUGGCAGCUGGAGGCCGCGCGGACGGCAAGCCUCGAGAACAUCAUUGUCUACGCGGACACGGGCAGCGGCAAGACGAUGGUGGCUGAGCUGGCCAUCAAGGAGUCUCUGAGAAAGCAGCCAAUGAAGUGCUGCGCCUUUAUGGUGACCGCCACGCGGCUGCUGGCACACCAGCAGUGUCUCCGGCUGGCGGACUCCUGCGCAACAAGCGUCACAGAGGUGACCGGCUAUACGACCUUCGACUGGGGCUGGACCCAAUGGCGCGAUUGUGUGAAGCGGAGCAAGGUGCUCGUGGGCACCAUCGAGAUCUUUGCCCGUGCCCUCUGUGACCGCGGAGUUCUCUCCUUCGAGGAUUUCUCUUUGUUCGUGGUGGACGAGUGCCACCGGGCCACUGGCAACAGCCCCGGCGCGGAGCUUUUGCAGCGCCUGCACUGCACGAGCCCCGGAUCGGUCCGGGUGCUGGGCCUGACUGCCUCCUUCGCCAACGAGAAGGCCACGAGCGAAGAGGAGUUCCGGGAGAGCCGCAACAACCUGCAGGCAAUUCUUCAAGCGAAGAUGCAUUGCUGUAGUGUUCCGCGGCGGCAGCCGCCGACAUUUCAUCGGGUGACGUAUCCAAGUCUCACCAACGAGCAGGAGGCGCACCGUGUCGCCAGUGAGCUGUGCGAGGUGGUCAGCCAGCGCCUCCAGCGGCCCUUGCUGCAGAAGCUACUGGAGCAGCUGAAGCGCCUACUGCGAGAGCUUGGGCGCACGGGCUUUCUUUAUGGCAUCAGGGAUGGUCUGCUGGCGCAGCUCGAGGCGAAGUUGGACAACUACAGGCACAUGACUGCGAUGGGGCAGGCAGCAAAGGCGGUCCAGGCCGACAUCAGCAGCCUGGAGAAGCACUUGCCAGAUACACUGGAGGAGAUGAAGCAACAGCCAGCACUGAGGAGUUUGCCUGCCACCUCGCCGAAGGUGGAGGCGCUUCUGCGUUGUUUGAAGCAGGAACUGGCUCAAAGCCGCAGCUGCGGCAUGGUCUUCGUGUCGCAGGUGGUGUUUGCGCUGCCCUUGGCUAAGCUGCUCACCGAGCGGCUGGAGGGCGUGCCCGUGGGUGUGGUGAGCGGUGUCAACAGCAUGCCCGAGCGGCAGCGAAACGCCGCCUUUGCCGACUUCCGCCAAAGCCGGAUACGGCUUCUGGUUUGCACCACCUGCGCAGAGGAAGGCCUUGAUGUCGCUGAGUGCAGCUUUGUGGUACGCUUCUGUGGCUUCGACACCACCCGCAGCCACGUGCAGGGCGUUGGGCGCGCCCGAGCGCUGUCCGCACGGGUGCUGUACUUCGAGAACGAGCCGCCGUUGGAGUGCUACCUUGCCGAGGUAAUGGACAAGAUCGCCCGCGAGCCGCAGGGCCAGCUGGUGCCGCUCAUGGCGACGCCAGACUUCUGCACACGCUGCCCGGUGCACCCCUUCUUGCUGGUGACUGGCGCCGAGGUGAACUUCAGGAACGCCCACCGCAUCUUGGCGGAGUACGCCAGCGUGGUUGCAGGCGUCUCCCUCAGCAAGCUCCUGGAGGAGGAUGCCUUGCUGCUGCCCGGGCCCCAGCGCAUCCGCGUGCCCGAGUCUGCUGCCGCGGACCUGGUGAAGGCCUGCCCAGUGCAGGUGGACAGUAAGGUGGCGCUGAAGUACCUGUCUGUGCUGGUCUUGCACUCCCUGGGCUGGCUCGACCAGCACAACGGAGCAGCGCGCCACGUGCAAGCGGCGCUCUGGGAAGACUGUCCGUCCCAGCCCGGUCUUUCCCUGCGCUUUGGCCAGUCUGAGACCCAUAGCGGCGAGUCGGAGCGGCUUCGGCAUGCCAGUGGAGCGGAGCAGGUGAGCCUGGGCAAGCAGAGGCUGGAUCCCGAGUGCAUCCACAACACGCAGGCCACUGUGAACCGGACCUUCUCCAACGGAAAAAGCGUUAUGGCCGCCAUGGUGGACCUGGCGUUGAGCCGGACACGGCCAGACAGCUUCCCGCCGCUGCGGGUCACUUGGCACCCACAGCAGCGGCGGUGGCUGUCCGCGGACAACCGAAGGCUCUUCGCCUUCAAGGUGGUGAAGCCGCUGAUCGGGCUGCAGGAGGUCGAGGUGGACGCGAUCAACUGCACCUCAGAGUUCGAGAGUAAGCUCCAGCAGACCGAGCGGUACGGCGACGUGUGGCCCACGCAUGGAGCCAGCGUGGCGCUGGUGCGGCAGGAGCUUUGCCAGCUCUUGGCGGGCGAAAACGAGUUUGAGCCGGGCAUGUCACUGCCGCCCUCGGAGAUGCUGCGGCGCUCGGCGGAGAUCUUGGAGAAGGUGGCGUCGUUGGUGCCUUCGGCAGUGCCGUGCGCAGGAAGCGAAGGGCCCGGCCCUGGGCCGAAAAGCGCAAAGGCCAGAAGCUCGGGUGAACUGGUUGAGCCCAAGCAGUUGAAGUCAAUGGACAGCCUCGAACGGGAGCCCAAGUCGACCUUCAUGCCGGACGGAGAGACGAGCUGCGAGGUUGGCCAGCCCUUGAGCCUUGCAAGCGCGCUGCCAGGGGAGCCCCGUGAGCGCCUGCACGACUUUGCGGAUCUGCUGAGGCGGGUGGGGCAGAGCCUGGCAAAGAACCCUUGCCGUGAGGAGGAGGAAACCGCCGUGGUCUUGUUGCAGGAAGCACUGCAGUGCCACCUGCGCCCUGGCUCUGAGGAGGAAGUGCCGGUCAGCUACCAGGACUUCGGCGAGAGCCCGCCCUUCCGCACCACCGUGGUGGUGGCCGGGCGCCGCUUCGUGGGCGGCCCGGCGAACACCAAGAGGCUCGCGAAGCGCGGCGCGGCGGCGGCGGCCAUCCGCGGCCUCGUGCGCCUGGCUGAGGAGUCACAAUCUCCGCGCUCUGACCGUUCUUGGCAGAUGCUGGAGACGGAGCUGGACUUGCCAAUGCCAUCCCACGAAUCCCACGGCGGCGCUCCGCCUGGCUUGGUGCGUGUUGAGCUUCUGCUGGAGCCCCCCAGUCAUUGCAGCAGCUUCGAUCCCAAGAGCGAGCUGCAGCAGGUUGCCCGAAUCUCUCCUCGCUUCGCCGGUGAAGGCAGCUUUUGGCAAUGCCGACUGCAGGUGGAUUCCGAGCAGCUCGGCGGGUGCUUCUGGGGCACGCCGGCAGAAACCAAGGAGCAAGCGGAGCAGAACGCCUGCUGGAGCGCGCUGAUGAAGUUGCGGCGCGAGGUCCAGGUGCUGGACUUGUCGCCCUCUUGCACGCUUGGCGAGGUUGCAAGGCAGCUGGGGGAAGACCUGGAGAUCCUCCUGGACGACAGUGUGGUGGGGCCCGAGCUGACCUUGGCGCAGCUGGGCGCGAGCGUUCCGCGGCUUUUCGCCCGCCGGGCCGAAGCCUGGUGAGCGAACAUGAGAGCCGUCCAGCGAGGACCUCUUUCGGCUUUGUACAGUCGGCUGGGAAGGCUUUGGCAGCCGUGGAACG